AACUCAAAAAUCUAGGCACUUUGAGCUCAGAUUACAUCUACUUACAAAGGUGACUGUGUCCUUAACAAGCUGCCUGCGCGCCUUGUUUUGCUUUCUUCAGCUUCGUGCGACUUAUUCUGUCCUGGUAUUCUGACAACAUGUUCUUAAUACCUGCCUGAAAACUUUCCAAACGUGAAAUUAGCGAGUCAUGUUUGUGAAAAAAAAAAUGAAAGCAAAACUGGAUCUUACCCGAGCUGCCGUCCAAAGGGCUCGGAGCGAACCGGAGCAAAUUUCAGGGGAAAGCCCAUAACUAUCUGUUAAAAGUCUCUCUGCAGCUCUUAAUUUGCGCCGUGCCACUCCCCUCACACUGAACUUCUGUUAUCAGAACUGCGCAGACUGGAUCCUCUGUUAUCUGUAAACAGAGCGCGCCUCUGCUAAGGGCCGAGAAACACCACAGAAAAUCCACAGUUUGUUGCCCCCAGAAGCAGGGAGCGGACUCACUUUUCAAUUUUCCAGGGAUUUUAUUUUAAAUUUCCCUCCCGGCGAUUGCGUCUUGCAUGCUCCUGAGAGCUCACCAACAAUGGAUAAGUCCAGCGACAACCCGGAGGAGGACAGAGUAUCCCUCCAGAGCAGCGGAAAGAUGCAAGCGAACGGAGUGGUGAAAGAGGCUCUGGGCGUGCUCCAGACGUUCAGGCUGAGCAUCAGGCGACCCGCCGAGAAGAGCCCCCGCUCACCCAAGAGGAAGGAUUCAAAGGUCACACCCAGGGCAGAGUCAGAGUCGCCCUCCUCUCUACCGCCAGCCUCACCCAGUCUUAGCGCGGGCUCUCCAGCUGCGUCACCCUUGAAGACCAGAGGGGGCUUCUUUCAAAAAACGGACGAAGAUCUGGCAGACAUGACACAACACAAACGCAAGCCUCUCGCUCGCUCAAAGACAGAUCCCAACAUGUCCAAGCUGACCGACUCCCUUCUGAAGAAAGGAUCCUCAAUUCGCAGAAGUCUGAGAUUUCCCUCCAAGAAGGAGAGCGACAAAGCGGCCAGGCAGGAGCAUCCGGCCGCUGAGGCCCUGCCAGAAAUGAGAGAGGAGAAAGAAACGGAGAUGGAGGAGAUGGAGGAGAUGGAGGAGCUGUACACGCUGCCUGAAAUUCCACACACACCACUGUCAGUUAUGCAGAUCAACAAGCUGAUAGAGAUGGAGGUUCUGGAGGAAGCUCAUCUGAACCUGCUUGCCAUGCGACUGGAGUUUCAGAAGGAGCAAGAGCAAACUGGUGACGACUUCCCCAUGGAGAUGGCUAAGAAGGAGAAAGACCUGGCCCUCCUCUAUACGGACCUCAGGAAAAAGAUUUGCACCAUAGUCUGUGAUUCCAAUUCCUUUCCUGCCAGGAACAAGGCACUACUGGUCCACGUGGCUCGCAUCAUCCAGGAGGAGGAGAAGAGGGCCGAGGAGCCAGGAGGCCUACCAGACAGCUGGAUGGAGGCCUGGAAGGAGGCAGUGUCCCAGGGCGUGCAGGUCAAGGUCAACGGCGUUCAUCUGGAGAGGAAGGAACAGAAUCUAUCCUGGUUGGCGGUCCAUCUCGGGCUCCUGGGAAAAACUAUUGUGGAGGAUUUGGAGAAUGUGAAGCGGGAGCUGCGAUGGUCCUACCCACCCAGCUUCAAAGUCUUCAGCACUUAUGUGAAGAGCUACCACAGAAUCGUCGGGCAGCACUUGAGGAAGCUGGAGCCGCAGGUGACCGAGCUAAAGGAUCUGUACGCUCUGCUGGACUGGAUCCUCAAUAAAUACAAGAGUGAGAAGAUCAUGGGAAGUUUCUCCUUGCAGCCGGACAUGGCGGAGGAAAGUGCUGAAAUGCAACUACAGGAAGGAUUCCUGAAGCAGCUUUUGGAGAAGUACUGCUGCAAAGUAAAGGAGGACAUGAGCGCCGUGCUGGACAGAGUGAUCGAACUCGAACAUGAGACUGUGUGGAAAGACAAGACGGAGCCCCAAAGGGAAGACAACCUGCUUCUCUCUCCGUUUCCUAUGGACAUUUGGACUGUGGUUCAAGGAAAAGUGGACCACUCUGGAAAACUGGACCCUGAUCUGGUGAAGAAAGUCAUCGUUUCCUGCCUGGAGGAGUUGAAAAGUUUUCCCAGGAAAUUUGAAACCCAGUUCAAGUGCCACUGCAGCGCCCUCCAGCCACAGCCGCUGUGGACCGACUAUUGCGUAACCUACAUCAACAGCUUCCAGGCUUUGCAGGAACACAUGGCCGGGUACCAGGACAGCUGUCCACACGAGGUGGAAGGCUUCAAACGGGAGGUCAAAGGUCUCGUCGUCAGGCUGAUGGAAGUUUUGGAGGAGCAGUUUAAAGAGGAUGUCAAGCCCUUCCUCAGGAGGAUGAUGACGAGGAAGUGGCUCACCAACAACGACGACUUCAAACAACUCGACGGCCGGAUACAGCGGCUUUCCCAUCAUUGCGACUCCAUGAGGCCUCCACACGUAAAGGAGUUUGCGAGCCGACUGCAUUACCAUGUGGUGAAGGAAUACGUCGGCCAGCUGAUGAAGAAUAACUACUCGUGCAAGAACCAGAAGCACGAGAAGGCUGCAGCCAAGAUCAACGAACAAUGGAACAAGCUCAGCAAUCUGUUUGAUGACAUGAAGUCAAACCAUGAGUGGCUCCACCAUGUAGGACACGACCUGAGCACCAUCAUCGGACAAAGCAACAAGGCAGACAUCAAGAGCCACCUGCAGCCUCUAGUGGAACAUUACCCAGACUUCAGCAAGAGACACCUGGUCGCGGUUCUUUACUUCAGGGGCCUCCACAGGGGCCGCGAGCACCACCUCAUCCUGCAGAAACUCACCGCGCUCAGAAAGGAAGUGGGCCGCACCAGCACUGACAGAGGCCGAGUUUUAUUUGGGGACAUGCAGGUCACGGCCAACACCGACUGCCUGUCCAACCCGCCUGCCUCUUGUCUCGGCUUCCUGCGAACACACAGCUAA